AUCCCACUUCCUGGAUAGCCGAUUUCCGGGUUCUUCCUUCGUUCCAGCUGAAUUUCCCAUUUGAUCAGGAGGGUUGCGGACCGAAUCGAGACAAAGGCGGUGUGUUUAUCACACUCGGCUCGCUUUACCCGGAGGCUACGGAGGUGUUGCAUAGGCUGAAGCGUGUUGUGUAAUUGUAUUCUUGCCGUCUUGGUUCUUUGAAUGAGCCUCUGAGUGCAAGUCAAGGGUAUAGAGGCUUUUUUCUGCUGGGCGAGGUGGCCUUUUGCCCAUCGCCCCCCACCUGGGGGGGGAAACAAUCACACUACCUCUCAGCCUACUUUAUAAGGUUGUUGUGGGGAUUAACAUAAUGGGAAGGAGAACGAUGCAUGUCACCUUGAGCUCCUUGGAGAAAAAUGGUGGGCUAUAAUAAAUACAUGAAGUGCGGUUGCUUGAUCUGCUGCCCACUGUGGGCUGCAGCAAGCCCCUUCGUGUACCAUAUCUGUUUUCGGAAUCGCUUCUUAUAAGAGAUUCCAAAGGCGGUCUUCACCUUUAAACCGUGCUUGGAUCGGGCAGCCUUUCACAACGGAGGCUCUACUGUCCUCUAUUAACGUAGCAGGACACGUGGCGAUCCGACCGCCUGCGACUCCAAGCACCUCUCCCCCCUUCCCUUCCGGGAUGUUUCCCUUGGGGGUCGGGUAGCCCUUCAGAUAGAGGACGAUACUUCUCCGCAAAGCGACAUGCAACGCCACGAGAAACCAAAAGUAUGUAUAAGGAAAUUUAGAAUUAAAGUCUCCCCAACUAAUUUCAAUUAAAAGAGAGCUCGCAGUUUAAAUUUUAAAAACCACCCCUCCCCAAUUAAAACCAGUCAAUCAAUAAUGGCUUGUGCCGUGACUCCUAGCGUUUGCGGGCUGGGACUGACAUUUUAUUUGUUAUAUACAUUUUGCAUGUCUUUUUUGUACCCCGCCUGGAAAUCGUAACAUGAUAGGCGGCAUAGAGAUGUGUGUGUGUAUUAAAACGAAUGAAGCUUUAAAAACAUGGAUAUCGCCAUUCAUUCAAGUAUACAAGGACAGCUGUCGCUUCUUCCCCUCGGGGGGAAAAGGACGAGGAACCCCCACCCACAAACGAAGUUUAAUGGUAACCGCAAUUUCUCUCUCCUCCUCUACACCCGAAUCCUCUUUGCGGCUCAAUCAGCGCACAGUGCGUGGCCAAUCCCGCGAAGGCUACUUUUGCGCGCGCGCCCCUCCGCCUCAGAACCGCUUCGGCGCAUGACUGACGGCGGCUAGCGAACGCGCACGCGGCGGAAAUCGCCACCCAUUGGUCGGCGGCGAUGCCACGCGCGUCCCCGUCGGCCUUGGUCCCGCGCGCUGAGGUGGCUGAGGCGAGAAGGCGGCGGCGGCGGCGGCAGGGAAGAUGGAGGCGGCGGCUGUGCCGGGUUCGGCGUGGCUGGCGGGGCUGUCGCUGGUCCUCGGCGGCCUCGUUCUCUGGCUGGUGCUGAUCCUGCUGAGGCGGAGGACGGAGGAGGCGGAGCCCAGCCGUAAAGGGACGGAGCCCGUCACGAUCGACGGUGAGAGCGCGAGACGAGGAGGGGCGGGGCUUAAGGCGAGCCACACCCCCUUCGGGAGUCCUCACUUUGCCCCAGCUGCAAAAUGGGCCGCUAGGCUGAGUCGUGCCAAAAUUUCAGGAUGAAAGCAGUGCCUCGUAUAUCAUAUUCAGUUAUAUUGGUUGCAUAAUAUGGUUUAGGUCAAUAAUGUGUUGUGAUAUAAAGACAGUUUAGGUGAAAUUCAAUAUAAUUACAUAAUUUGGGCUAAGUUUCAUAUAAUUUAGCUCAGUAUGGCGAACACUGGUGGGCAGCAGCUUUCCAGGGUUUCAGAUAGGGAGCCUUUUCCUUCCUUACCUGGAGACACCAGGGAUUGUACCUAAGAGCUUCUGCAGGCAAAGCAGAUAUGAGCCUUCUCCAGCUAUGUGGAUUACUGGCUUUUUCAUAGCAUUGUAAGUUGCGUUUUCAAGCUACGUUGUUAUAUUUGGAGACUUACAAUCUAUUUUGAAAAAAUGGUCCUGCAUCUGGCCUUGCUCUUCUAAAUUCUGGGAGAAUGCUGAUUGUCUAGUCCGUCUUACCUAUUUUUAAAAUAAGACUUUCUUCAAUUGUAUUCUGUAGAUCAGGAUGUGAACAGUGAAGCAGCCAGCAAAACAUCAGUCCCAAAAAAGCAGAAGCAGCUUCAGCGGAUCCGCAAAGAGAAGCCCCAGCAACACAACUUCACCCACCCACUCCUGGCUUCGGCACUCAAAGUGAGGCCUGGCAGGCUACAGCUUGUGUUCUGUGUUUCGCGGGGAAAGGAGUGGGCUAAUCUUAUGUAGGAAGUUUGCCUUUAUACCAAGUCAGAGACCUAUCUGGCUCAGUAUUGCCUGCAUUGAUUGGCAGUGAUAGUCCAGGGUUUUUAGACUGGGAGUUGCUCCUAGCCCUACCUGGAGAUACCAGGAAUUGAACCUUCUUCAUGCAAAGCAGAUGCCCUACCAGUUGGUCUUUUAUCUAGUGAUGGGGUUUUCCCCUUCAGAACCCUUCUGGGUUUUUGGAAAUACUGGAUCCUCCUUACUCCUCACAUACACGCAUGCACAUUGCAGAAAAACAUAGGAGCCAGUAGAUUAGACAUGCAAAAACUCACAGUAGUAGGGAAGAUUAUGACCUGAGAGAGGCGGUGGUGGUGUAGUAGUUAGAAUAUCAUACAAGGAUUUGGGAGACAAGGGUACAAAUCUGCACUCAGCCAUGAAGCUCACUUGCUGACCCUGGUCCAGUCAGCACCUCUCAGCCUAACCUACCUCACAAGGUUGUUGUGGGAAUUAAAUGAGGGGGAGAACCAUGUACACCAUUUUGAGCUCUUUGGAGAAGAGAUGGGAUGUAAAUCAAAUCAACAAACACUUUUGCAGCAUGGCAACCAGCUCUUGGCUCCCUGUGCCCCAGGAUGGAGCACCUCUGUAUUCCUUUCCACUUUUAGCUUGUUGAGAGGCCAAAGGUUGAUCCUCUUUGCAUUCUUCAGGGCCACAGCGGGAGCAUCACCUGCCUGGAUUUCAGCAGCAAUGGGAAAUACCUGGCGUCCUGUUCUGAUGACCGCACCGUCCGCAUCUGGAGCACCAAGGACUUCCUGGAGCGGGAGCACCGCUGCAUGCGAGCCAACGUAGAGCUGGACCAUGCCACUUUGGUCCGCUUCUACCCGGACUCCAGGUGGGGAGGCUGUGCCUGGGCAUGGGACAUUCAGCUUUGCUCCUCCUCCUCUUUACAGCUGAAAUUGCAGACUAGCUGAUCCUUUCCAAGAAGAUGGGGAGGACGGAUUAGAAUUACCAGCAGCUCAGGUUGAUCGGUGGAGUCACCAGCCCUUUUUUAAAAAAGGAGCUAGUAGCUAGAGCUAGUUUAAAUUCAAGUUCAGCAUGCCCCAAAGCAACUAAUUCUAGUUCAUGUCUGUCUCCUUACAAAAUGAACCGGUUCAGUUCACAGUCAUUUCGUUUGCCCAAAUGAUACUCUGCCAAAAAAAAAAAAAACCGCCUUCAGAAUGUUAUAAGCUGCUGUGCUAAAGUAUAAGAUAUAUUUAAGAAGAGUAAGGAAACAUUUUUCAAAACCACAGUGGAAUGUGAUGUGUUUAGUUCCCCCCCCCCCAGCAAUUAUUAUAUUUAAGCUUAAAAAAAGUUCAGCCAGCAAUUAUGGGAGGUGUAGCUCAAAGAUUUUGGAACUAACUUUGCAAACUUUGCAAACUAGCUCAUUCCAAGCAGUGAGGGUGGGGAGGGGGUCAAUUCCUAAAAAACAGUGAUAGUAAAUUCUAUCCUGGAGUAGGGGGUGUCAGCACUGACCACCUGCCCAGGUUUGCUCCUGCUGGUCCAAGCCACUGUCCUUCUUUGCUGUAACGGCAGAGAUGGAGUGGACCUGUUGUCAAGCUUUUUCAUUGCUACUCUCGUCCCCUGCCAGCCUUAUGUUAACAUUGAACUGGCAUUGGAGUUUGAUUAGGGGAAUUCUGAAGGAGGACAGCACAGGUGCCCAUACAACACCCAGCCAGCUUUACUUCAGGAGCAAUAAUGGAAACACUGGCAAAGCACCUGGGGCUGGGGGAUGGCCUUGAGGCUGUUGGAGCAGCUUGUACUUGUGCUGCUUACAGGCACUGCCUCUCCUUUCUUCAAGCAGAGCCUUUAUUGCGUGGCUGGCCAACGGAGACACCCUCAGGCUGUUCAAAAUGACAAAGAAGGAAGACAGCAGCUUCACAUACGCCGCACUUCCAGAAGACUUCCCAAAGCUGCACAGAGCCCCUAUCAUCAACAUUGGAGUCGCAGACACGGGUAUGGAAGAGGGGAGGGGGCUCUCUUUCUUUUCUAGGGUUUGGCUUCCUAAGUACCCAGAGCUGAAUUGGCCGGGGAGAGCCAAUGAAAACCUAAGAAAAAGCAGCUGCAUCAGGCCAAGGGCCUGUCUAGUUCAGCAUCCUGUCCUCACAGUGGCCAGCCAGGUGUCCCAGUAAGAAACCCACAAGCAGGUCUGGAGCACAAAAGCCCUCUCCCCUCCCAUGGUUUCUGACGUUUGUGUGUGUUUUGCCAAUUAUUUUUUAUUGAUUUUCCAAAUUACAACCCAAUUUUCACAAAUUAUUACAAAUGAAUACAAUUUUAAUGAAAUGAUUUCCCACUUGCCAUUGUCGGCACGCCCUUGACUUCUAAUAUUACUGCAUUAACUAUUUUAAAUUAUCUCCAAUUACAAUGUGUUACCCAAAAUUAUCCCUUAAUUAUCAGCUGUACUCUUAGCAAUUUCCAUUCAUGUUGAAACACUGUUUAAAGCAUUUACAUACUUUUGUGAAACUUCCAAGUGAGAAUAUAAUCUUUCUUUUCAUUUUAUUCUGUGUAUGACAGUUCCAAUAUAUCAUCUUCAUUGGCCUUAUCCUCUGCCCUUUAUACCAAACGUCUCCAUAUUCAAAGAUGACCUUGAGUGGCAUUCCUUUCUGGGUGCUUGCAGUGCUGCGGUUGUUAUUCAGUGCAUAGCUGGUAUCUCAAUGUUAACCAUGGCUAGCAGCUCUUUGCCAUUGAUCUCUUGUCUCUCCUGCCCCAGGGAAGUACAUCAUGGUCGCCUUCAGUGACACCACCAUCCUCAUCUUGGACACGAAGGGGGACGUCCUCGCCACCAUCAACACCAACCAGAUGAACAACACCUUUUCAGCUGUGUCACCAUGUGGAAGGUAAGGGUUGUGUCCGCUACGCAGCUGAGCUGCUCUCUACCACCUUCCCACCCUCAGGGCAGUCAGUUGCUUGUAUUCCCCCAUGAGCCAGGAAAGCCAAGGGCACGUCUCCAGAGUUAGCUCUAAUCUAAUGCCAAAGAGUUAAUAGAGUCAUAGAGUUGGAACGGUCCUUGGAGGUCCUCUAGACCUUCAUUGGUGUUGAGUCUACAAGGCAGGAGGCAACGACAGGUUUCCUGCCGCAUGACAUCCCAGCCUCUGCUUAAAUCCCUUCAGUGAAAGAGGGUCUGUUGUUUCCCAACCCAUUGUGUCUCAUUCCCAAGAUUCCUCUUAUGUUAAAGAUGCUUCUCCUCACAUUGAGCAGAAAUCCGCUUCCCUGAAGUUUCCAUCCACUGUAGACCCAGUCCUGCCCCCUGGAGCAACAGCAGACAAGUUUGCUCCAUUUUCUAAGCUCCUUAGAUAUUUGAAGACUGCUGCCCUUUCUCUUAUCUCUCUCUCUCUCUCUCUCUCUCUCUCUCACACACACACACACACACACACACACACAAAACACAUUUACAGAGAGAGAGUUUUCUCCUCUCCAGGCUAAACAAACUCAACUCAUUCAGCUGUUACUCACAGGAUUUGAUUUCCAAACUCCUCACCAUCCUAGUCACCUUCCUCAGGAGAACGUUUGUCAGUAUCCUCCUUAAAAUGUGUUGUCCAGAAUUCAGAUGUGGCCUAACUAGGGUGGUGUUAGCUUUCUCUCUCUCUCCUAGCUUUGUGUCAUUGGCAGAUUUGAUGAGCGUCCUCUCUACUCCCUGAUCCAGAUCAUUUAUAAAAAAAUACAGUAUUAGCACAAGGCAAAGGAGAAAGCCCUGUGGCACUCCACACAAAACACACACACAGUUAAGACACAGCAGCCAUCAAUGAGCACACACCGGUGUAUGGUUGCUUCAUGUGGCUCCAACCUCAGUAGUGUCCAAACACCCCUUUUCUAACUUAUUUAUUUAUAGCAUUUCUAUUCCUCCAAAGAAUUCAAGGUGGCACACAUGGUUCUCUCCCUCAUUUAAUCCCCACAACAACCCUGUGAGGUAGCUUAGAUUAAGAGGCAUUGAGCGGCCCAGGGUCACCCAGUGAGUUUCAUGGCCAAGUGGGAAUUUGAAUCCUGGUCUCCCAGGUCCUAGCUCAACACUCUAAUCUCUACACCACACUGUCAACAAGAAUAUAAUGGGAGACUUUGACAUGUUUCACCGAAGUCAAGGCAUACUAUUGAACUUUUCUCAGGUUGCUUUCAACAUAUGUACAAUCUGUGUGCAAAAGAGAUGAGCUGUGCAGAUCAGCAGGUACAGUAUACACAUUCACACAAACACAUGAAUGUGUGUAGAGAAAGCUUAUACAUGCAUUUAGUGUAACAUGUGAACAAGCCUUAACAUGUGCUGUUCCCAGGAAUAUGAGGCAAGAGUGGUCUGGAGCAACUGGGAAGAGGCAACUUUCAAGGCUGGUUGGUGCAACUGAUUUGGCACAGCUUGGCUUGGGAAUAACGGGGCACUUCCCUCCCCUGUGGCUUCUUCCCUUUCCUCCAGGUUCGUUGCAUCGUGUGGCUUCACUCCCGAUGUGAAGGUAUGGGAGGUGUGUUUCAGCAAGAGUGGGGACUUCCGGGAGGUGACCAGGGCCUUUGAGCUGAAGGGGCACACUGCUGGUGUGUAUUCCUUCUCUUUCUCCAAUGACUCCAGGCGGUAAGUGAGGAACCCUCUUCCAGCUGCACUUCCCUCUGGUAGUUCUGUGUCCUGUUUGUCACUGCUGACUCCUCCAAGGAACGCUCCUGGUUAUCUGCUGCACUGGGUGGGUGUGGCCAGGAGGCCCUUUGGACUAGCCUCUUCUUGCCUGCAUCUCCUCCCCUAUAACUAAGCCAGAAGGAACCUCCUUCCAAGGUUUGAAGUUACACCAUAGCACUGUCCUCCAUGUCCAAGGACAAGUAUCCUGGUUUGGUUAUUUCAUGAGACUUCUAUGCUAAAUGGCUGUAGACAGUUGUUGUUGUUAAUUUAUUUAUUACCCGCCCUGCACCUUAAGCUCCUGGGACUAGUUACAGCAUUAAAACACAAUAUUAAAAAUGACUGAAAACAAGUUACAACCAUAAAAAUAAGGUGGCUCCUGAAAACAUACACCUAAGGUGUCAAAAGCCAGGGUAGCAAAGAGGUGCAUCUUCAGCAUCCUCUGGAAGCUGUAUAAUGAAGGCAACAGAUGUGGCAGGGAGUUCCACAGCUCAGCGGCUGCCCCUCUUCCAGGCCACCACCCUCCAAGCCUCUGAAGGCAAAGGAACUACCAAGAGGUCUCCCUCUGCUGACCCAAAAGCGUCUGUAGGGAAGGAGGCGACUAGUCUUUCAGGUGUUUUGCGCCUGAAUCAUUUAGGGCUUUAAACCACCAAUGUAAGCAAUAUGAAUUGGCAGCCAGGUGAGUAACGAUUUAAACCAAAGCUGAAUUUCACAGCUUGACUCUGACACCCCAAAGCCAGGGGGAAACAGGUUAUAAAGCAGAGGUGAGGAACCCAGCCAGCCAUCAGCAAGAAGCUGAUGGAGCCUUGGUGGGACAUCCUCUCAGCCUGAGGCUGCAUUCUGCCACAGCUACAGCUUCUUGACAACAAUUCUACAGCUCAAGACUUCAGCCGGAGGGUAAUGUCUUCUUUCCUCCCCCCCCCCCAAACCCAGGAUGGCAACGGUUUCAAAGGAUGGAACAUGGAAACUAUGGGACACAGAUGUCGAAUACAAAAAGCAGCAGGACCCGUACCUGCUCCUGACAGGUCGGUGCCAGGUGGCGGAGCCCUGUCGCAUCGCCCUGUCCCCUGACGCCCGAGCCCUGGCCAUCUCCAGCAGGACCAGCAUCUUUGUUUACAAUACCCGGAAUGGCGAGGAAGAGGAGCGCUUUGAGGGCGUCCAUGGCGAGCACAUCACAGACUUGGCCUUCGAUGUGAGCAGCCGCUUCCUGGCCUCCUGCGGAGACCGGGCUAUUCGCAUCUUCCACAACACGACCGGCUACCGGGCUGUGGUGGAGGAGAUGAAGGCCCUGCUGAAAAAGGCCACCAACGAGUCGACAAAGCAGAGACUGCAGCAGCAGGUCACAAGUGCCCAGAACGCUCUGGACGCCAUCUAUGGCAAGGGCAACUGAGCCCUUCCCAGAGCAGGGGGGUGUGGGGAUGGCUUCUGCUGGGCAGACCCAGGGCUAGGAUUUUCAUGUCAGAGAGACGGCUAAUAAAAUAUGUUUUGCACAACUGAC